CAACACACACAGGCUGCUUGCAUAAUCUGCAGUGUCACUUUGCGUUCAUAGUCUCUGGGUUGGAAAACUCCAGGCACCUAGGGCAGCAUCUUUACACCUACAUUCCUGUCAGAGUGAUCUGUGUGAAGCAGUAGUAGUCGAUAGUUAGCCUCCUGAGGUGCUGGGUCUUCCUCUCAUCAUCAUCAACAACAACAACAUUACCAUGAUAAUAAGCAUUGCGCUGAUCUGGGCAGUAGUGGUGGGAUUCUGCUGCCUUUUAUGGCUUGCUGUGGGGAUACGACGCAGGCAACCUGGUGAGCCUGAAGUUGAGAAUGGCUUCAUCCCCUACCUGGGUUGUGCUCUGCAGUUUGGGGCCAAUCCUCUUCAGUUCCUCCGCAGCCGCCAGAAGAAGUACGGUCAUAUCUUCACCUGCAAGAUCGCAGGCCAGUACAUCCACUUCCUGUGUGACCCCUUCUCUUACCAUUCAGUCAUCAGACAGGGGAGACACCUGGAUUGGAGGAAGUUCCACUUUGCUACGUCUGUUAAGGCCUUUGGCCAUGACAGCUUUGACCCUCGACAUGGCCACACCACCGAGAACCUACACCAAACCUUCCUGAAGACCCUGCAGGGUGAGGCUUUGCCCUCCCUGAUAGAGUCCAUGAUGGGCCACCUACAAGACGUCAUGCUGAGGUCGGACACACUCAGCCCGAGCAAGGACCACUGGGAGGUUGAUGGCAUCUUUGCUUUCUGCUACAAGGUGAUGUUUGAGUCUGGAUACUUGACCCUGUUUGGAAAAGAGCUUGGUGAAGACAAACGCCAGGCUAGGGAAGCGGCUCAGAAAGCCUUGGUGCUCAACGCUUUGGAGAACUUCAAAGAGUUUGACAAGAUCUUCCCGGCAUUGGUGGCUGGCCUGCCCAUCCAUGUCUUCAAGAGUGCCCACAGUGCCAGAGAGAAUCUUGCAAAAACCAUGCAUGCUGAAAACCUGUCCAAGAGGGAGAACGUGUCUGAUCUGAUCUCUAUGAGGAUGAUACUGAACGAUUCCUUAUCUACCUUCAAUGACUUGAGCAAAGCCAGAACCCAUGUCGCACUGCUCUGGGCUUCCCAGGCUAACACCCUGCCUGCUACCUUCUGGAGUCUCUUUUAUAUGAUCAGGAGCCCAGAUGCUAUGAAAGGAGUUCGUAAGGAGGUGCAGAAAGUUCUAGAGGAUUCAGGGCAGACGGCUGACCCGAGCAACCCCACACUGAACCUGACCAGGGAGCAGCUGGACAACAUGCCUGUUAUGGACAGCAUCAUUAAAGAAGCCAUGCGUCUUUCGAGUGCUUCUAUGAAUGUACGUGUUGCCAAGGAGGACUUCCUGCUUCACCUUGACAACCAAGAAGCUUAUCGUAUUAGGAAAGAUGACGUCAUUGCUCUAUAUCCACCCAUGCUCCACUACGAUCCAGAAAUCUAUGAGGAUCCAUAUGAGUACAAGUUUGACCGUUUCCUGGAUGAGAAGGGUCAUGAGAAAACUACAUUUUACCGCAAUGGCCGGCGGCUGCGUUACUUCAACAUGCCCUUCGGCUCUGGGGUCACCAAAUGCCCUGGCAGAUUUUUUGCUGGGUAUGAGAUCAAGCAAUUCCUGACUCUGGUGCUGUCCUACUUUGACAUGGAACUAUUGGACCCUGCUAUCAAAGCCCCAGCUCUUGACCAAUCCCGUGCUGGUCUGGGAAUCCUCCAGCCUACCUAUGAUGUGGACUUCAGGUACAAGCUGAAAUCGAACCAAUAAGCUAUCCGCCAGGCAGAGUGGUAGAAGUACAUAUUGUACAUAGUGUAUAUUCAACAAUGUUAAUGAAGAUGCCUUGCUGUAUAUAAAUAGACUGAAUUAUAUAUUUUUGUUGCUUUAAUUUUCUGCUAAAUAAUGUAUUGUUCCCAUAUGAGUGGAGCCCUUAGAAACUGUUAAAAACCUUCUGUCUAUCUGGUAGUGUUGUGACAAGAACUUCCUGUCUCAGUUGGACAGGCAGACAUCUGGCAUCUCAGAGUAAAAGUGCUGAGUUGCAUCUACAAUUCCUGAGGACGGACCUAGAGCCAAACUCAUUUAUUAAAUAAAUGUGUUACUGCACGAUUGGCCAAUUUCCCCCAAAUAUUGUACAGUGACAUUAUUGCGUUGUUCUUCAAAUCAAGUGGCAGAGUGUUUGUACCUUGCAGGCAGCCAUUGAUUUUAAUAUAUUUCACUAUGCCCUAUUAUAGUGGCAUGGUUAUUCAGUGUAGACUAAACUCCAAUCAUACUACAAUUAGCAUUACAUGAGAAAAGACAGCUACAGCAGAACAUAGAAUAUUAACAGCCUCUUUACUGUUUUCUUGUUAGCACUUGUCUGUGCGGGACAGGCAUGUUUAACUCUGGAUAGGUGUGUUUUUGUUCUGCAGCGCAAGGACAGCAUUUUCUCUUGCACAUAGACCAACAUAUUGUAACUACUGAAACCAUAGGGUUUACUUAUUCCAUUUUUCCCAGUGGUAUAAGACUGAUGGAGAGCCCGUUCUAUUUUGGUGAUUGUUUUAAAAGCAAUGGCCAGCUCUCUGAAAAAAGACUGAAAAAAGACCCAACCUCAUUUCUUGACUUUUCCAGCUGUUCAAUUUCUCUCUUCAGUUUUAGCUUAUUUCCUAUCUUUUUUUCUUUCCUCUCUAUCCUGUUCAUCUCAUCCAACUACACGGCUAUAGGCUUAGCCCAUCCAGUACAUUCAAAUUCCCAGCAAAGUCUGACAUUUUGUUAAUUCAAUCAUAUUCAAGGACUGAUACUGUAUAUUUUUUUAAUGUAUAUUUUACAUCAAGGGGAAGAUUUAAUUGCUGUUUUAAUGUCUUCUCCUGUAAAAAUGUACAUGACCAUGACUCAGUGGUAAGGCAUUUUUCAAGUUUUUGAAAGAUGAUUUUUACGUCAACAGAACCAACAGUAUAAUUUAAAAAUGGAUUGUUCUGGAAAAAUCUCUUCAGUAACGUUUAUUGUACAUGACUUUUAGUAAAUGGACUUUACACACAAAAACCAAAAACACUGGUGUUCCAUUAAUCCCUAGAGCUACCGGGAGUUAACGUUUCUACACUUUUAAAAUGUACUACUUUAACGUGUGUGAGCAUACUAUCACAGAACAUGUUCUGCAAUGAAACAUGUUCAUUUUCUAUCUGUGUAUUUAUCAUAGCUUGUAGAAAAUCUGUGCAAACACAUUGGUUCAUCUAUUCUGCUCUAUCAACACUUGUUUGAUACUUUGAUAUUUCACGUCAGCUAAUUUAUUGUGUGAGGUGAAAUUGCUGCAUGACCAAACUCCUUUUUUAUCAAUGGAUGUAUUACUGUAAUCAGUGCACUAUCACUUACUGAAGAUAGAGAUUCAAUCAACCUUGGAGUUUGCUCUCUCUGGCUGUCUCACUCUCAAGCACUGCUGCCUCUAAAGAUGCUUCUGAUUGUUUGCCAAUACUGUCAGUGCCAUCCACCCUUUCAGUACAAUAAUUGCAAAGCAGGUAAUCAAGUGCUUCACAUAAAGGGUAAAACAUUAAUAGUAACACAUUAAAACUGAUCAAUUAUGUGACUGUAAACUAUUAAAAAAUAUUAAAAUUAUGAGGGUUGAAUAGGAUAUAUAAAAUUCUAGACACAAUAUUUAGACAAUGAGUGAAAACAGCAAAGAGUCUGAGACCCAAAUAUUCUUAGGAGCAGAAUGGGAUGAACCUGGAGGCGAGGUCAGAACUCCAUUGUAAACAUGCACAGCUGUUUUACUUAUAUUUCCUUGCCAGUCUCAAGCUUAGUCACUGAACAAAAGUGCAACAUACAUGCAUAUGUUGAUGUGUACAUGCUGUACAAACAGAAAAUAAAUCAAUACAUUUGUACACUUGUCUGUUUUGCCAUUUUCAGAUGUCUGUGUUAAACUCAGUGCAAAUACAACAGUAAAGCUUUCUCGUCCUAAUACAGUAUGUCUACCUCUCUCGCUUUCUCUCUUUACAUAUACUAAUAAUGUAAAAAAGUAAUAAUGAAGAUACAAGGUUACUGUGGCUAAAAGCUCCAGAAGAAAUCCAAUAAAUAUACCU